CCUAUCCAAUAAAAUUUGUAUUGUAAAUGUAGAAAUACCACUAGAUACUUACUUAUACAUAUUAUUAUCAGCCAAUCAUAAGCCGACUUUAAGAUGCUAACAAGCUAAGUCUAACAACAAAUGUGUGCUAAUAAAAUGUACGAGAAGAUUACGUAUCCAUAGACAAUAUUAGUCGUAUCGAGUUGCUAACGAAGCCAAUGUCAGGCCAUUGCGGCUUCAACUUUGUGCAGGUUCAUAGCUCUGUGUUCGCUAAUUUAAUAUUUAAUAGUUGUGUUUAAUAAUAAAUCGAAAUGAAGAGAUAUGGAACUUUCUAUGGGGAGCCUGAACCAGGCUGGGACGGCACCGACACGGAGAAGGCGCCGUUCCUGCGCAACGAGCCCGUGAAGCUGACGCCGGCGUGGGAGGGCAGCAACCUGCCCAAUGACACGCUCAACCUUAAAGGAAUAGCCAUGGACCUGGUCCCUCCGAAAGACAAGUGGAACCUCAUCUAUUUCACACUGAUGCUGCACGGGCUCGGCACCCUGACCGCCUGGAACAUGUUCAUCACCGCCAAGUCCUACUUCGAGGACUACAAGCUGGUGAAGGGGUCUGAGCUGUCCAACAACUACUUGGUGUAUGUGGGCUCCGCGGCGCAGAUACCGAACUUUCUGUUCAGUUGGUUCAAUGUGUUCGUUGAGAUUGGCGGCGACCUCACGAACCGCAUCGUGUGGUCCCUCAGCAUGGAGGUGCUGAUCUUCGUGGUGACCAUCGUGCUGGCCAUGGUGGACUCGCGCGCCUGGACGCCCGCCUUCUUCUGGCUCACCAUGGCGUCGGUGCUGCUCAUGAACACAUUCAACGCGAUCUUCCAGAACUCAGUCUACGGGGUCGCCGCGCGCCUGCCGCCCCAGUACACGGGCGCCGUGGUGCUCGGCUCCAACAUCUGUGGGACCCUGGUGACCCUGCUGUCGUGGGCCACUGACGAGUUCAGUGAGAGUGCCAGGACUGCCGCUAUAUAUUACUUUAUUGGUGGCAUGUUCGUGCUGCUGAUCUGUUUUGAUACUUACUUCGCGUUGCCGUUGAAUAGGUUCUACCGCUACCACGACACACUGCAACAGCGCACCCUCCGAGUCAACCCCGCCCUAGCCGCUACGACCCAGGGCUCCGCAGUGAAGACGCGACCGCCCUACGGAACCAUCAUCAAGCAGGCGUGGGUGCAGCUCUACAAUAUAUUUAUUAUAUUCUUCGUGACGUUAGCUGUGUUUCCUGCUGUGCAGUCUAACAUAGUGUCGACGCAAGGCCUGCUCGGCGCCAACUUCGUGCGAAUCACGUGCUUCCUCACGUUCAACGUGAUGGCCAUGCUGGGCUGCGUCAGCGCCAGCCUGCUGCCCUGGCCGCGGCCGCGCUGGCUCUCCGUGCUGACGACGCUACGCAUCCUCUUCAUCCCGUUCUUUCUGGUGUGCAACUACUCGGUCCCGGGGCGCACGCUGCCGGUGCUAGUGACGAGCGACUGGGCGUACUGGGCGGGCGCCGCGCUGCUGGCCUGGAGCUCCGGCCACUGCAGCUCGCUCGCCAUGAUGUAUGUCAGCGGCACGGUGGCACCAGAAAACGCGGCUAAAGCCGGCAUGAUGGGCGGCGCAAUGCUGGUCACAGGCAUCAUGUGCGGCAUCUUCUUCUCUAGACUCGGCUCAGUGAUCGCGACGUUGCCGCUCUGGGCGGGCUUGUAGCGAGCAGCUCGGGCCGCGGGCACACUGUGGAGCGUACUCGCGAGGACUGUGACGAGUUAAACGUGUUACAGGUAUUGAGUGGGAAGGUUUAGCGAGGGUUUUGAUGGUUGAAUGAGUGUCAGGAUCUUAGAUAAGUAAACCACUGUCCGGUCAGGGUGGUGUGUAGGAAGGGAUGGCAUAGACUUAGGCAGACUCAGUACUGGCACAAAUUGUUAGCAAAACCGACAGAUUUAAAUAAAGUUGGAAGUUAGAUGUAAUAAAAUGACAAAGACACGGAUUGUCUUUGGACGUUAUCUAGCUACACAGAGGAACCUGGUCUCUUUGGCGGUCUUUGCAUAGAUGCUAAUAUAUCUGGUUCUAUGACUGUAUUUGUAGUGUCUUAAACAUGAGGCGAGUAUAUGCUAGUAUCUCACAUAAAAUUAUGUCUCUCUUGUUUAUGCGAAUUUUGCCGCGCUUAUGCCAUCCCAGCAUGAUAUUAGAGUUGGAGCCUUAUUGUGAAAUUCAGAUUUCGGCUAAUAGAAAAAAAUUGUAUGGGAUAUUUAUCAAGUAAAUAUUAUUAUUGAGUGUGUUCAGUGAUAUGUAAUACUGAGGAAUGACUAUUCAGAAUCCGAGCUGACCUAUCCUCUCAACUUUUUAAAGUGAAAAGACACUUGACAAAGGUCCAUAGAAUCAGUGAACGUAACUACAAAUUAUAUUGGAACUGACUCAAGUAAAUAUAUGUAUUACGAUUUAUAUAAUUUUCAAGACGAAGCGACGGAUUGUUAAAAUUGUACUGUUAUUAUUGAAUUACAUUACGAAAUAGCUUUUAUAGUCUACUCCAUACUUGCUGAUUUGUUUUAGCGCUGAUUUUUCAAUAGUCAGAUAAAGGUUAUCUGACGAAUAAAAUUCUUGCUGUCACAGUCUAAUACGAACAUUGAGACGCGACAGCAUCAGAAUUAUUCCUCAGAUAACUGUUAUCUGGCUAUUGAAAAAUCAGCCCUUAGUUUUACAUAUUUGACAUAUUUGAAAAUCGUGAUCAAAUAGCAUGACGUGACGUUAAUAGAAUGAAUUAUUGUGGGGUAUCAUUGCCUACCCAAUAGAUUGACAGUUAUAAAAAGUGCUUACCAGCGUCGAAUUCGAAAAGCAUUAUUUGUUGAUGUUGAAAUGCUGGGAAUCAGUCUAAAUACGUAUAAUAAUGUUAAAGUUUAAAGUGCUAUCAUGUUUAUUGACUUAGCUAGUAUGUACGUACAGUUGGAAUUUCAAUAAGUUUGUGUAUUGUGAGAUAAUUAAUGGUGAUAUGAGCUGCAUUUUGACAUAUUGUGAGCAGUGUAGGGAGCACGAAUAAUUUUACAAUUAUUAUCGAUUAGCAGUAUGCUACGUUCGAUUGAAUGAAAAUCGAUUGUAGCUUUUCUAGCGUUUAGUAGCGAGACAAAAGAACACAUGCAUUUGACGUUUAUUUGAUGGAUUCAAAUCGAACUUUCGAAUCGCGUGUGAAAUUGUUCGUGUUCCCUGCACGGAUUUUAGUGGCCUUGCGUUACGAUUGUAGGUAAAUUUUAGUUCAUAAUCAAACAACUACAAAUACUACAAUGUUUACUAUAUUGUAUGCUACCGUUUCUACGAAAAAGUUAUUUUUCUUAGCCAAGUCUCGAAACCUAACACAGAACAUUUAUUAGAAUUAUGUUUCAAGUUAGUAUACUUUCAUUUUAUUAUAAGAACUAUAAGCUAUGUAUACUCUCUAUACUAAUCCAAAGUGCUACUUUAUUGUUAAGUUACAUAAUUUUGCUACGGAAUGUAUGAUAAACACAUUUGUUAUUAAGAGCCGUUCACACUAUUCCAGUAGAUAUUGAAUAUGAAUCAAUUUUGUUUGUCCUGAGAGGAACAAAGGCUUAUGAAGAAAUUGUGUGAAUGGUGCAUUCGGUAGUGUUAUUUCGGUUAUAAAUAGGUGAACGCAAUGAGAGAUAUGAGAAAUAUUUAAUGGUAAUUAUCGGAGGCAUAUGCUAGCCUUGUAAGAAUUAAUAUUAUACAAAUGGAUACGCACACAGAUUCAUUUAAUGAUAUCAAAAUAAUCGUAGGUGAAUUAUUGGAAUUGAUACUCUGAAAUAAUUUAUAUUUGCUUUUAUCUCUCACUUCUCAUUUAUAAACAAAUAGUGUAAGUGAGAUGAGAGGCAAAUAUCGGACAUUUUGGAUUCUCUGUUCCAUUCAUCCACCCUGUAAAUAAUUAUAAUACUUACCUAUGCUAGUUUGAAAUCAUUUUGAUAUUUUCUUCUUUUCGUUUCUUGAUGUUAACACUAACUUUUUUUUGUUUGACAGACUGAAAGUACUAACUAUAUUGUAAAAGCCUAGAUUAAAUAAUGAUAGAUUAGUGAUAUCAUUGUAGUCUUCAUAGACGGGUGUAGAAAUGAGUUCUCAUUAUAAGUUGUUUAUUUUGUGUGUGUCCCAGAAUUUAAACCAAAUAAUUAUGAUUUUCUGACAUUACUGAACAAUUUAACUUACCUUUGGUAUACAUUUCUCCGAAUUAUCGUAAGGUUUUUAUUUAUUUUAAUAGUAAAAUGUUUUUUUAAUU